AUGGAUGCCGAUGUCGAUGCGAUCGAUAUCGAUGAUGAUAAUGACGAUGAUGCUGGUAUCUUCAGCAUCGCCAAUGACUGCCACAGUGAGGACGAUGACACCCUCACUGAUGAAGACAACUUUUUCCAGCAGUGA